AUGACUUCAACCCAACCCCUCAACGAUAUCGUCGUGAUCGGCAUUGACUUUGGGACUACAUUUUCUGGCGUCUCAUGGGCACACUCGAGAGAGCCUGAUGCGAUCGAAAUAGUCACCUGCUGGGACUCGGAGCUUAACCACUGUUCAGACGUUGAGAAGGCACCCACCCAGCUGUAUUUCGAUGGACUUACUCACGAUGUUAAAUGGGGCUACGGUAUCCCUCUCGACAGGGAACCACUCAAAUGGUUCAAGCUGCUGCUUCUUGAACCUGUUGACCUCCCUGCUGACGUUGCUGUUUCAACUCAGGUACAGGAGGCCAGUCAUCUCCGGAAUGAAACAGGAAAAGAAGCUGUCGCAAUCAUCGCAUCAUUCCUGCGUAAGCUUUGGGACCAUUCAGUCGAAUCCAUUAGGCGUGCCAUAGGUGCGGGCUUGCUCGAGCGAUCCAAGUUUCAGGUCGUUAUUACUCUGCCUGCCAUUUGGCCUCCGUACGCUCAGAACCGAAUGAGGCAAGCUGCUCACCAGUCUGGUAUCCUGGAUAGACGAUCCACUGGUACUACUAUGCUUCAAUUUAUUUCGGAACCCGAAGCUGCCACCCUUGCCACAAUCAAAGACAUGGGGAAGCGAUCAAUCAUUGAGAUUGGUGACACCGUUGUUGUCUGUGAUGCCGGAGGUGGCACAGUUGAUCUAGUAAGUUACGUAUUUGAAUCAACUGACCCAUUCAUUGUCAAAGAAUGUGUCAAGGGUGAUGGUGAUCUCUGCGGCGGAGUAUUUCUUGACGAAGAGUUCCUCAAACUUGUCAAGAAGAAAACGCCCACCCUGUCUUGGGCUUCACUCAGCAGGCUUGAGGAAAAGAAGUUUCUCAAUGACGAAUGGGAGCAUAGCAUCAAACCCCAAUUCGAGAACCAAAUGCGGACAUGGCCAGUUUACCUGCCUGACAGCUGCAACAGCAACUCAUCGACCAGCGGCUUGAAGCGCCGUGAGAUACUUGAAUUGUCCUCUGAUGAAAUCCGGUCCGCUUUUUCCCCUAUCGCUGCCAAAAUUGAGGCUUUGGUGCGCCUUCAGGUCGAUACUAUCGAGGCUAAAUACCAUAAGGCACCCAAGUACAUCAUCCUUGUGGGAGGCUUUGGCCGUAGCCGAUAUCUAUUUAAUCGUCUUCGGGAACGAUUCGAAUCCACCAUCCUGCAGUCAAAUGGAAACAAACCAUGGACUGCUAUCUGUCGUGGAGCUGUCAUUCGGGGGCUCCUAAGACACAGCCCUUCCUCCAACCUCGGGGUGGUUGUUACGUCACGGGUCGCUCGCAUGAGUUAUGGUAUUAAAUAUCGUGAAAACUUCAUUCAUGGAAAGCACAAGAGAAAGGAUCGUGUCUGGGACAAGAGGGAGAACGUCUGGAAGGCCAAGAACCAGAUGACAUGGUUUCUCGAAGAAGGCGAUGAUGUUUCGGAGAAGAGAUGUCUGAAAGUGUCUUCUGCUCAACUAUUUUCCCGCCUCCCAAACGACACCAAGACUCUUCCGAAAUUCACCAACAACGACGGUGAAAGCUUCUCCAAGCUCUCUUACCGGAUCAAAAUGGACUGUGAAGAUGGAGUUAUAAACUUUUCUGUUUUUUUCAACGGACAAAAGGUCGGUGGGCGAGAGGUUGACGUUCAGUUCAUCUAG